AUUUCAAAUUCUCUUUCUUUCCCUUAUAUCAUCUCAAAUUCUUUUCCCUGUUCUUGGCCAUUAUCUUGAGGAAAAUGGGGAAUUGUUUGGCUCCUUGUUCUUGCCAUGGAGCUUUCAAAGCAAAGUCCAAGAAAGUUUUGCAGAUAGUAAAGAUGGAUGGAAAGAUAUUAGAGUUCAAGACGCCAGCUCUUGUCAGAGACGUCUUGGUGAAUUUCUCCAGCAUAGGGAUUGGUUUGUCAAAGUCAGCUUUGGAGCGUCUCCCACCUGACUGUGAGUUAAAGUUGGGCAAAGUUUACUACUUUCUUCCACCAUCAUCAUCAGGUUCCACCGAGGCUUCCACGGCAAAAGAACAUAACUCAUCUAUGGCCGAUACCAGAGCAGUUAAGAGGAUUAAAGUUUUAAUAACAAAGCAGCAGCUGCAACAAUUAUUGUCAAAGCAACUAACAAUGGAGGAGAUUCUAUCCAGUCAAAAGAAAAAUAGUUGUUAUAUUAUAGAUGAAUCCACGAAUUGGAAGCCGAAACUUGAAUCGAUACCGGAAGGAAUAGAGUGAUUGUAUGUUCUUGUAAUUAAAUUU